UCAAUCGAUAAGCCUGCAAGCCAUAUUUGUUUUGGUUUUGUUUACAAAUUAACACCGCACGCAAAUGACCAGAUUUGUGUCGAUGGAUUAUUUUCCGCCGCGGAAAAACGAAUUUCCCGACCCUCGCGGCAGGCAAAACUUACAAAUGGACAGCUAAGCUCCCGUUUCCUCACAAAUAAUCGAACGCAGAGCUUGCAUUAAUCAAAAGUCAUGGCCAACGAAAGCUGGGAAAUUUCAAUCCAAGUCAUGGAGGAGCAGUCCUUGGAGCAGCAGGUCGACCGCUCCAACGAGAUAACCGUGGAGCAGUUGGUGACGCCUCUGCUGCCUUGUGAGGAGACGUUUAAAAUUGACAUCAAGGAGGAACUCGAGUCUAUCCCUGAGGUCACUUGGCCUCCCAACCUGAGCGACCUUUGUCGCCUCUGUGCACAAGAGGCUUCUGAGGCCGUCCUGAUCUUCGGCCCUGAGGGCGUUGAUCUGCAGCUGCCUGAACUCAUCUCCCACUGCCUCCCUGUCAAAGUCUUCAGAGACGACACCCUGCCGCAAGUGGCUUGCAGAGCGUGCGUGACUGCCCUGCAGCAGAGUGACGCCCUCCGAAGGGCGGCCAAGGAGGCAGACGCCACCCUGCGGAGGAUUCUCGGCCACCACUCGAAGACCUUCCUCGACCUACCUGAGGAGGAGGUGUUGAGCCAGAAGAGGUUGCUUUGUGGCCUCUGCAGACAGCACUACGACCCCAUGGAGGAUGUUCGGCCUCACAUCAUCACCAUUGGAACCAUAGACGUGACCUCCGCCUCCGAAGAGUUGCGAUUCGACCCCGAGUGCGAUUCUGAUGAGAGAAUGGCUCAAGAAGACUGCCAAAAUGUGCCACCGCCCUCUGAAAACAAACCUGAGGAGGAGAACAAAAAGCCAAAGCGAAAGUACAACACUCGACGGACAGAGGAGCUUCCGCCCCUGAAGGAGAGCAAACUGCGGCCUCGUAAGAAGUCAGCAAAGCGGCCGCCACCCAAGGAGAGGGCGCCACUGCCUGAGGUCAAGUGUCCGCAGUGCAGCUCGGUGUUCCACAAACGCGAGCUUCUCUGCCGCCACGUUCUGCUGCAGCACAAGGCACACAUGUGUCCGGAUUGUGACCUGAGCUUUGAGCAGCACGACGCCUUGGCCGCACACACCCUAGAGGCGCAUGACGCCGUUGUGCCGCCCGAACGCUAUCACCAUCCCCCGGGAACUCCACCAGUCUGUUCCUUUUGCCACAAGCAGUUCAAGAGCAUCUCAGGCCUCUGCCACCACGUCGACUCGCUGCACCUCAAGAUCCCGGGCAACUUUUUGUGCAACCAGUGUGGAAAACCGUUUUACGGCAAGAAGAAACUGGAAUUGCACAUGAUGAGGCACACCGGAAUUAAAACCGUGAUGUGCCAGGACUGCGGCAAGAUGUUCUACAACGAGUCAACGCUCAAGAUCCACUCGGAGAUGCACAGCGUGGCGCGCAAGUACAGCUGCACGCACGCAGGGUGCGACAAAACCUUCAAGCACUGGCGCAACCUGUAUGCACACAUGCACACCGUCCACGGCCGCAAGUGGAACUAUGCUUGCAACGUUUGUCCCGAGUCCUUCAAGACCAGCGACGAAGCCCUCGACCACUAUGAGUCGCAUUCGCCCGAGGAAAAACUGAAAAAUGAGACUGGAGCGGCGUAUACUCAGGUGUCGCCGUUCGAGUGCCGCAUUUGCUUCAAGCACUACAAUUCGCAGCUGCACUACGCGAACCACAUGCGGACGCACGAAAGCGCUUCAACGUUGACGUCGUCGGACGCGGAGGCGCGCAACUUUGAGUGUCCGACUUGUCUGAAGCGGUUCAAGAGCAAGCACUACCUGAAGAUCCACCUCGGGGUGCACAUGACGAUGAAGCCCUUCUGCUGCCAGUACUGCGGCAAGUCGUUCAUCACCAAGAUGCUGCUGCAGACCCACGAGCGCAUCCACACCAACGAGACGCCCUUUCGCUGCGAGACCUGCGGCAAGGGCUUCCGCGCCCAGAAGAAGCUGCAGAUCCACAAGCGCGACGUGCAUGACAAGAUCAAGAACUUCCUGUGCCUGACCUGCGGCAAGGCCUUCUCCAGGAAGAACCACCUGGACGCGCACAUCCGCACGCACACCAACGAACGGCCCUACCAGUGCGACAUCUGCGGCCAGGGCUUCAAGCAGGUCGGCGACAUGCGCAGACACGUGGCCCGCCACCAGAACCAGCCCCUCUUCAAACCUUUCGCCAAGUCCUCCCCUUACAAACCAUCCAGCGGCCUCCCCUCGUAGUCCACGCACUUCCAAGGUGGCCGUUGACCCUUGAAUCGUCUUGGCAGCUACAAAACGAGAGUGAUGUUUAAACAAAUCUGGACGCCUGAUUGUGGCAGUGAUCAAUUUUUUAUUCCAGUGGUUUCAAACUGACAAACUCGAAACCGUGUUGAUUGGAAAUCUAAAAACUAAAAAACCAAUCAAGUUAAUAAUGCUCUAAAAUCAAUUUGAUCUUGGUUACUCAUUUUAAUUUUCUUGGAGACCAGCUAACAUUUUACUCUGAAUUUUUGUAAUUCAUCAAAGUUUAUUUUGAAGACGCAUGUGCUUCAUAAUUAAUUGAGUGUUUCAUCUGUGACUAUUUUUAGUCAAUAACUGAAAAAUGAAAUACAUUUAAAUCA